AUUGAAGAAAUGACGCAGUAUCAGUAAAAAGUUGACAAGGGCAUCACCAGUAAAAAAUAUUAAAAUGAGUGUCAAUAAAAGGGACGCGAAAGAAAGAAAAUUAAGCUAUCACUUCUACACUCACGAGCUUCAGCCUUCAGAGCAACAAUGUCUCCAUUUCUGAAGCCCUUCCUCUUCCUAUACGACUCCACUCUUAGCCUCCUCUUGCUUCUUUUCAAUGGAUGGAGCCUUGAAGAAGCAGCAGCUGCCCACGAGAGGCUUCAAGCAGACAACAAUGUUGCAGAGUCUGAAUGGAUGCAAAUCCAAUAUUUGUGGAGAAAAACGAGAAGUAUUGUGCUUCUUCCCAUUUUCAAGGGUUUGGUGAUUAUGUGUUUGGUUUUAUCCAUCAUAGUGUUCUUCGAGAGUUUUUACAUGAACAUUGUAAUACUCUUCGGCAAGUUAUUAAGACGUAAACCCGAGAAACUGUACAAAUGGGAGGCCAUGCAAGAAGAUGUCGAGGCUGGAUCCGAAAACUACCCAAUGGUUCUUGUCCAAAUACCAAUGUACAAUGAGAAAGAGGUAUAUAUAUAUUUAUAUACUUGUAGGUCUUAA